AUGGUCUUUGCUAUCACGGUGGGCAUAGCAUUGACAGCAACCACCGUCUUCAUCUUCGCAACCUUCACGUUCAUAAACAUGUCUCCAUUGUCGCAGGCCCUACUGGGCGUCUUCACGACUGCCAGCACAGUCGCAGCAGGCAGCAUCGCUGAUAUUGAGCAUGUCGUCCUUUUCAUGCAAGAGAAUCGAGCAUUCGACCACUACUUCGGCACCAUGGCUGGCGUUCGUGGUUUCAAGGACCCGAACGUGCAAGUGAACAAUGGCAAGCCGGUCUGGUAUCAGACGGUCAACCACACCGUCAGCAACGGGUCCGACUACCUCCUACCUUGGUAUCUGAACUACCUGGGAGGCAGCUGGAAUCAAGCGACGCAAUGUAUGAGUGCUGGUAGCAAUGGAUGGGAUGCUAAUCACGCGGCCUUGAACGGAGGUCUGAACAAUAAUUGGCCAAUUGGUAACACUCCUUGGUCAUGGGGCUACUUUACUCGCAAGGAGCUACCCAAUCAUUUUGCCAUCGCAGAGGGUUGGACCGUCGGCGACAUGUACCAGGAGAGUGUCAUUGCGUCAACGAAUCCCAAUCGUGUGACAUGGGUUUCAGGCUCCAUCAAUGCCCCUGGCUCUCCACAAACACCAGCUGAAGGCGGCUUUUAUAUUGAUAAUAAUGAGACACCUGGCUGUGAGUCUGCUGGCCUCAACUGCUACCCUCUAAAGUGGACGACCACGCCGGAGAAGUACGAAAAUGCUGGUGUGUCCUGGCAGCUGUACCAAGAUACAGACAAUUUCGACGACAAUCCGCUUGCUUGGUUCGCUCAAUACCAGAAUGCCGCAAAUGGAUCGGCUCUGCAGAAGAAAGGCAUGGCAUACAUUGGCCUUGAGCAGUUCUACAAAGACGCUGCUUCUGGCAAGCUGCCCCAGGUCUCAUUCAUCGUGGGCCCUGCUGAGCUGUCGGAGCAUCCUGACUAUACGCCAGAAGAUGGAGCGUGGUUGCAGCAGAAAAUUGUCGAUGUCGUCACUCAGUCACCAGUCUAUAAGAAGACUGCUUUAAUCAUCUCUUACGACGAGACUGGAGGCUGGGGUGACCAUGUGACUCCUUUCCACUCCCCAAGCGGCACUGCUGGUGAAUGGGUCCAGGAUCCCUACGGUGAGGCUGGCUACACAUACACUGGCCCUGGAUUCCGUCUUCCCUUUUAUAUCAUCUCCCCUUGGACACGCGGGGGCAAUGUGUAUGUGGAGAACGCCGAUCACAACUCCCAGAUCAUGUUCGUUGAGAAGUGGCUUGCUGCCAAGGGUCACGACGUUAAGACUCAGGAGAUGACAGCCUGGCGCCGUGCAAACAUGGCUGAUCUUACCAAGGCCUUCGACUUUGACCAUCCCGACUACAGUAUCCCCAACAUGCCAAACGCGUCUUUCCCCUCAACUGAUAGUAAAGGCGAAUGGAAUGGCUACGCUCUUUGCGAAGCUGCGCAUGCGACCACUCGUCCUCCGGUUCCAUACGGCAAGCAGAACGUCAAUACUUCGCUUGCAACCGAGGAAGGCUUCAAGGCUGUUCGAGGUCAACUCACAGAGGGUCGCUAUCUCACUUUCGAGAGCAACGGGUACACCCUGGCAAAUGUCAACGGCAAGCUCGUAGCAACGAAGACAACAUCAAAGCACGAUAGUAAAGCUCAACGCUUCGUCGUUCACCAGAGUGGUGGCAAGUUCGCCAUCACAAGUGCCCUAGACAACACUUCAGUCUCUGGUCCUGGACCAGUAAGACCUGGCGGCUAUAGCGGCGCCGCAACAUUCGACAUUAGCUAUCUUGGAAGCCAAGGCUAUGCUGUUCAGGCAAGCGACGGGCAAUACUUGAGUAUCGGACAGAACGGCCAGGUCUCGUACAGCCACGACAAGGUUGGCUUUGUGCUGUUUUCCGUCACAUACAACAACUAG